AUGAGGAGCGAGGCCGGACUGUAUACAGUAGAGGUGCCCUCAGAUGACCACAGAGCAUCCCAGACAAGCACAGAGGACGCACGAGACUCUUCAGCCUGUGGAUAUGACAGUCAUACCUCAAUCAUUUUACACUUAGGAAAAAGUUUCCUCUUCCUAACCAUGUCUGUGUCCAUGAUGCCCCUGAAGACUUUCCACCCGGGCGCACUCAAGACCAGCCCUGCCCGCGGUCUGUACCCGGCCCCCAUGCCUCCUCACCCCUUCAUGGACUUCUUCCCUCGCCCUCACAACCUUCUACACCCGCUCAAGUCCCUGGGACGCCUCGUGUCAGACGCGUCUUUUCAUUUUAAUGCGCAAAGUGCAAAUGGAAAUACUGCAUUCCUAAACCAAAACCACCUCUUGCACGAGCACAUGCUUAACCCGUACGUCAGCCAGAUGUUGCCAGGGCACGCGCUGUAUCCCAAACCGGAGGAGAUGGCUGCAGUCGUGACGGAGCACGCGGCUGGACCUCUGUCCUCUCCGGAGUUCAGAGGCAGUCCUUCCAGCGACAGGUCCUCCUCCACAGUGUCUUCUGCCACGGCCUCCCCGCCCAAAGACGCGCUCACACAGCUGAGGACCAGCGUGGAGAGGACUCCUGAGAAAAGAGCCUACAACUUUAGUGAGGACGACCUGUUCAUGGUGCUGUACGGAUACUCUGCAGGCAAAGAGUGCAGCGUGGGACAUGCCAUUUCAGGAGUGUCUCUGAUGGAGCACUCAGUGUCUGAAAACCACGUUCUUCCUUUGGACAAAGAUUCACUUGACCUGCCAGAAGGACUUUCCAUCCAACAAGCGGCCUGGGGAAACGUGACGCACUGUGGAGUGUUUGCAGAGAAAAACAACAUCCCCAAAGGCACGCGCUUUGGCCCUUUCCAAGGCAAAGUGGUGAACACCAGCGAGAUCAAAACAUACGACGACAACACUUUGAUGUGGGAGGUGUUUGAGAACGGCCGCCUGAGUCACUUCGUGGAUGGGCGCGGGGGAUGUGGGAACUGGAUGUCAUUGGUGAAGUGCGCGCGCUUUCCGGAGGAGCAGAACCUAACGGCGGUGCAGGUGCAGGGCCAGAUCUUCUACGAGGCCUGUAAGGAGAUCCGAGCGGGCCAGGAGCUGCUCGUCUGGUACGGAGACUGUUACAUGCAGUUUCUGGGCAUCCCACUCACACUGAAAGACACCAGAGACGACAGCGCCACAGUUCUUCCUACUGAGGACACCGGGGAGGGCUUCAAAUGCGACAGAUGCGGCAAAGUUUUCGCCUACAAAUAUUACAGAGACAAACACCUGAAGUACACCCGCUGCGUGGAUCAGGGCGACAGAAAGUUCCCGUGUCAUCUCUGCAACAGAUCCUUUGAGAAGAGGGACCGACUACGCAUCCACAUUCUCCACGUGCACGAAAAACACAGGCCACACAAAUGCUCUGUGUGUGGAAAGAGUUUCUCUCAGUCCUCAAGCCUCAACAAACACAUGCGCGUGCACUCCGGAGAGCGGCCCUACAAAUGUGUCUACUGCAACAAGGCCUUCACUGCCUCCAGUAUCCUGCGCACACACAUCCGUCAGCACUCGGGGGAGCGGCCCUUUAAGUGUAAACACUGUGGAAAGGCCUUCGCCUCUCACGCGGCUCACGACAGCCACGUGCGCCGCACACACGCCCGGGACAAGCCGUUUCCCUGCGAUAUGUGUGGGGCCUCUUUCCAGGAAGAGCAGGAGCUGAAAUUCCAUUUAAAAAGUCACAAAAAAAGACAGCUUUUGGAGCAGACUGUGAUUCUUCCAUCUUCACCUCAGGAUAUUUCCAAAACACAGAAAAGCAGCAGUCCUAGUUAUGGCUACACAGGACUCACAGUUAUCAGCUCAGAAUACAGGCCGUGGAACUAAAGCUACCAAUGUACA